UCAGCAGAAGCUAUUUAGUCGACAGCUGACCAUGACCACAAGAGCAGUUCAGUGAUGGAACAACACUAACAAGUUGAUUUUACUGUCAAGAAAACAUAGGAGAGAGAUGAUGCAGUAACGUUUUAAAGAUCUUACGGGGAUUAUGCGCAUUUACAGUUACAUCGCCAGUCAUCUCACGGAGUGCUCGAGUGAAAGUGUCGGGGGAAACUAGUGUGAAAAGAAGACAAUUGAGAUCUGGAUGAGUGCACAAAACACACGGAACAGUGACUGUAGAUGUUUUACAACUUUCCUGCCAUAUACGCUUUAUGGUUGUGAACAUUUGUGGAUUGUGCGCUGAGUUUUGAGCACAAAAGACUCCUAUUAUAUCUCGAAAAAGUCUUGAUAAGAUGAAGGGAGCAAUCCAAGCACUUCUACUCUGUUCGUGUAUCUUGGGCGUGAAGGUGGCUAUUGGUGAGGCCUGUGCCAGUAAGCAGUUCACAAACACAGGUGAAUGUUGCAGCAUGUGUGCGGCAGGCACUGGUUUGGCAGCCAGGUGUGGUCAGGAAGACACUAACUGUCAGCCAUGUCAAGAUGGUGUGUCAUUCUCAGAUUCAGAGGGCCUUUCAGCUUGUCUGCUGUGUGCCCGCUGCCCUGUUGGAAUUCUGGAACUGGCACGCUGCACUCCCACUCAGGAUACCCAUUGUGACUGCGGUGAGCAUUUCUUCCUGUGGCGGGAGGCUAACAGCACAGAUGGUCUCUGUGCAGCCUGCACUCUCUGCAACCAUGGAAGCGGAAUGGUUCGGCCCUGUGGACCGCUGGGAAAUACUGUUUGCGAACGAUGCAAACCAGGAACUUACUCAAAGGAGAAAAGCGACUGGAAAUCAUGUGUGCCAUGUUCACGCUGUAGUGACGAUGAGGUGGAGAUCAGACCCUGCAUGCCUGAAUUUGACACUGUCUGUAUGGUAAAAGACCUCAACAUCCUGUCCCGGCCAGAGAGUUCUGAAUUCCCCCGCUGGCCGAUUCUGAGUGAGGAAACUGAUAACAGGAGCAGCACAGCUCCAGGGUCAGAAGCCCCUCGACUCACACCUUCGGACCAGGGAGGCAACAACAUCAUGGUCUAUGUGUCUGUACUGGCUGCAGUGGUGCUAGGUCUCCUGUUCUAUGUCGCCUACAAAUGCUGGAAGUCCUGUCAGCAGAAGCAGGCUCUGGCAAAAGCUCGGGUCGGAGAGUUGAACAAUGCUGGAGAGGGAGAGAAAUUACACAGUGACAGUGGUGUGUUCCUGGACUCUCACAGCCUUCAGGACAGCCAGCCCAGCAAAGGCAGUAAACGGGACAGCAAACAAGACACACGGCUUUACGUGAACCUGCCCCCCGUCAGGCAGGAGGAGGUAGAGCGACUUCUCAUGGAGAGCGGCAGUCGGAGCUGGAGGCAGCUGGCUACCACGCUUGGUUACGAACAAGAGCGUGUGGACAUGUUUGGACGGGGCCAGGACCCCAUCCACACCUUAUUGACUGACUGGGCCCAGCAGGAGGGCUCCACAUUGGGCCUGCUCUGCUCCGCUCUCACCCGCAUUGGGCGGCCGGAUGUCAUUACUGUCCUCACCGCCCCCUCUCAAGGAGUGUCACUGGUCUGAAAACUUGAAUAUAUUUCUACCGCUUCAUGAAAGUGAAAGAGACACUAAAAUUACAGAGGAAGAGUGCAAACCCCAAUCAUUUCGAAGGGGAAUGCCAUGUUGCGUGCACUAAGACUUUGAAGAUCGGGAUUAGAAAUAAUAACAAGGUUUAGUAUUCAUUGUAAUGUUUCACUUAUGAAUUUUGUUUCUACAGGCUUUCUAAGAUGUUCUUCAACCUCAGAUUAAUUUCUGCUCAAGCUCUAGAUGUUUCCUGCAGUAUCCAAAGACAGUUUAUGCUUUGUAGUGUCAAAACUAACUCCGUUUUCUCUCUUUGUCAGUGUUUUGGGUGCUUGUGGUUUCAGCUAUGGUUGAUAUCAAAGAACAUGAACUUUCGUGAGCUGCUCUCUAAGCUCUGCAGCCUCAUGAAUGACAGUUUUCCAUUUGUGUGGAAAAGCCUCAUAGUGCCAGAGAAAGCAUCGUGCAUGCAGUGCUGUCAUGCUUUUGUAUUUAUAUUUCAGCGCUUCUGCCAUUUGAACAAGUCAACAAAGUAUUCAGCUUCGAUACAGUGGCUUGUCAAGGUCAGCUUACACUGUGAGGCAUGUUAUGAAUUCCAGAUAGAAAGGAAAACCACUAAAUGAGCUGCAGGAAGAACUUGUAUGUUGAGAAGAACAAAUAUACUGAUGAGGUGCCUUAAGAGUGAAUGAUUAUGAUUGGUUUUUAUGCUUGGUAGAUCAGUCUGCACUGAUCAAAAAAUUAUUUUAGUAUUUUUGUCUAGUUUUUCUAUAAAAAAUGUCUAAUUCUUAAUUGUAGAUAAAUUCACUCUAGAAGUCUUGUUCUCUUAGAAUAUCUGUUUACUAUUAAGUUUACUUCACUGACAAAUAGUUUUUUUUUUUCUUAGUUCCAGCAUAAACCUCUCUAAAUUUUGUAAGAUAUAGGCUUAAAACAAGCAAAAUGAUAAUAACAAUAAUAAUUAUAUAUAGAAAUAAAUAAAAGAAAAGAAUAAUAAAGAAAAAUACAAGAUAAAUAAGAUAUAUUUUCUGAAAAUAAAUCUUAAUAUUUUGUGCAAUUUUGCUUCUCGAGUAAAUGUAUUUUUGUUUUAAGGAAGUUUAGGUAUUUUUACUGGAAAAUGAGACAAAUGUUUUUUUUUUUUUGCAGCACAUAGACAUGAGUGCCUGGUUUGCAACCUAUAAGCAACGUAAGCCUACACAGCUUAUAUUACAUCAUGAGGGCAAAAACUUCUCGUGCCUUUACAUUGAAUGCUCCGUUUUGUGCUUUGCUGGGUUUACCCCUCAAUGCAUGUAUUUUACGAUCAUUUCUAUAUUUGAGUGCUGAGUUCUGGUUGAGUGUAGAUGCUUUCCAUAUUCAUAACAUUAAUCACUUAUGUUUGUUCUUUUUAUUAAUGAAAUAUGUGUAUAGGUGUCUUUGUAUUUUUAAAAAAAUAAAUAAAUUGUGUGAGCAAAGAAGUGGCCUUUUUAUAACCCUGAACAUGUUUUCAGUGCUAGGUGAAAUUUUAAGGAUUUGAACUUGGGAGGAUUUUUUAUUUCAUAGGCCUUUUUGGCACCGUUAACCCAAACAGCAAGUCAUUGGGUUAGUCUCCGGCUCUUAGGUGGUUCCAUGACCUCAGAUAUUGAUUCAUUCUUUUCUCUUACUCAUAAUACUCAUGUCUCUUUGCCCCUCCUGUCCAUUUAAAGAGAACAUUCUCUAAAAAAAAUUGUGUGCGUUUUACUUUAAAACCAUAGCCAGAUGAAGUUGUUCAGGCAUGUCAAUGGCUGCCUUUUUUCUGGGCUAAUUGCUCAGCUUGGCAAGAGAGAGCUGCAAGAUGUGUAAAUCUGUUCGAAAGUCAAAGUAAUGGUGUGUUAAUGCCAACUCGACACCUAACCAAAAACAGCAGUUUAUUGGCAGUCAGAAUUUUCUGACGUUUAAAAAGCGAUCACAAUAGCAUGCUUUGUUUGCAUAUUAAAUGUUCUCAUCUGUACUUUUCCUGUGGUCAAGACCAUAGUCAGGGCAGUAGGUACAACUUUAAAAACAGGGAAGCACAUAUUAAAGCAUGAGUAUUAAUUAUUUCCCUAACAUUGGAGACGAACUUAACUAAUUUCCGUGGGAAGUAGGAGUCGACGAUAUAGUUUAUUUUUAUUAAUUUUUUUACAAACAAUACAGAUAAUGGUUAUUUAUGUUUAAGUGUCCAAUUUGUAUGGUGCCUUGUUCCUGCCACG